GAUGGUCUUAAAUGGCAUGAAGCUUCAGCAGAGUCAUUGUCUUCUAAUCAAUCAUUACAUAUUACAAAUUUUCAAUUAUUAACAUCAUCAAAUUCAAUGAAUACAAAAUUUUUUCAUCAAUUUAGUACAUAUGAUAAACAUGAUGAAAAAUGUUUGAAUCAACCUAAUCAAGAACAUUGCUCAACAUUGGAUAUGAAAAGUUCUGAUAAAGAUACUAUUAUAAAUGGACAUUCAUUACAAAUUCUUCCAGAUAUUCAAUUACUAUUGGACGAAAAAGAUUUACCGAUAAUUCAAACAAAAUCACAAGAAAAUGAAACUGUUGAUCAACCAUCAAUUGAUAAUGAACUAUUUAUUAUUAAUACAUGA